AUGGCGGGACCCUCCUACCAAGUCUUCCCUGACCGCUCCGCUAAUCAUUUGAUGUUUCUCGUCAGCCAUGUCCUUCUCCACGACGGCUUCUCCGCUGCUAACUAUGCGUCUCAACGUACUCGGGACGAGGCGACUGCCGCCUACCGCGUCAUGGGCACCCGUCCUGUGAAUGUAGUGGGCUGCAUCGUCGAACUACCAUUUACCUAUGGCAACAUCUACGAAAUUGGGGCCGUUGGUCCCUGCGUCUUGCGCGGCCGUACAAUUUCUGUGCAUUCGCUUCGCGUAAGCACCGCGCUCGUGAACGGACAAACGAUCGACUUCUGGCCGGCGUACGAGAAGCUCAUCAUCGUCCCAUCUCCAGACGCAGCGUCGAGAUCGCUGAAGCUCCGACCCACACCGCGCACUCUUGCUAGCCAUACCAUCGCGUCGCUGGAAGAUUUCGCUCGCAGAUACCUCCAUCAAUUCGCCGGCAGUGACCGCGUCCACCCUGACUUCCAUGUUAACGUCAACCUGUCGUACCCUCCCGCUGUCCGCGUUAUGUCACCACAAGAGUGCUUGCUUCUUCACGUAGAUGCUAGCAGUGGGAAACGUCCUUCCUACGCCGCGGAAGCCUCGAAGGAUGAAGUACUGGAAGAGGUACCAAGGAAGCCUGCUGAGGGCGAGGGUGAAGUUGACUUCGACCUCUUUGACGAGACACUCAUCGACGACGAAUGUGAGGGCGAUCUCGCAGAUGUCUCCGCAGAGGGACUAGUGGCCGUCUACGUUGCACAUCGAUACAGACCCGCUCUGUCGCUGCCGUUCAAGGGUCGCUCAUUCCUGGCAUACGAUCCCGCAUUUGAUGACGAACGUGCACCGAACGACGUAGACUCAUCAAUCGACGAAGGUGCAUCCGUUAGCGAGUGCUUGAUCGUUACGAAUUUCUGA